UUCCUUGGAAUCUUCAGGCAUGAGAGGGUUACCCACAUUUCUGCUGGUGCUGCUGCUGCUGUCCUCCUCCUGCGCCUUGUACGGCAAAGGAGGAGGAAGAGGAAGACAAGGAGGAGGAAAAGGAAGAGGAGGAGGACCUUUCACUAACAUUGUACCUGGAGUGCUGAUAGGAAGAGGAAGCUACAGUGGAGGUGGAGGAGGAGGAGGAGGAGGAAGAGGAGGAAGAAGGGGAGGAGGACAUGGUGGAGAUUAUGGUGGAGGAGGUGGAGGACAUAGAGUAGGAGGAGGAGCAGUAGUAGGAAGUGGAUACAAUGGAGGAGGUGGUGGAGGAGGGCACAGAGAAGGAGUUGGAGUGCAAAGUGGAAGAGGAGGAGGUUAUGGUGGAGGACACAGUGGAGUUGGAAUACAAGGUGGAGGAGGAGAAGGAUACAAUGGAGCUUUUGGAAGUGGAGGAAAUCGAUUCUCUGGAGGUUCAUCCACUGGUUCAUUCGGAGGAGGAGGAAGUGGAGGAAGAGGUGGAAGUGGAAGCUAUUCUGGAGGUUCCUUUACUGGUUCGAAAACUGCUUCAUUCGGUUCAUCUCACGGUGGUCUAAGUGGUUCAUCAGGAAGUGGAGGUUACACAAGUGGUUCUCAAGGUGGAUUAUCAGGUGGAAGUAGCCAUUUCUCUAGUGGUUCGACACUUGGUUCACUUGCUGGUUCUUCAGGUUCCUUUGGUUCGAAUGGCGGUUCAUAUAGCGGUUCUGGAUUUGGUCACUCAUUUGGUACUUCCGGUGGUUCUAAAGCCGGUUCAUUUAGUGGAUUUGGUGGUUCUAAAGGCAGUUCAUUUAGUGGUUCAAGUGGAUUUAGUGAUUCAAAAAGUGGAGCUGGUCAUUCUUCAGGGUUCCAUGGUUCCAAAGGUGGUUCUCAAAGUGGUUCUGGUGGAGGCUACUCAGGAGGAUCACACGGUUCAUCUUCUGGUUCAUUUUUCGGUUCAUCUGGUGGUUCUAAAGGUGGCACGGGAGCAGGACAUUCAUUUGGUUCCUUCAGUGGUUCUAAAGGUGGUUCUUUUAGUGGUUCUGAUGGAUUUAGUGGUUCCAAGGGUGGUUCAUUGAAUAGUGGUGGUUCUAUUGGUGGUUCUUUUAGCGGUUCUGGUGGUGGGUAUUCAAGUGGUUCUCAAGGUUCAUCUACUGGUUCGUUUGGCGGUUCAUUUCAUGGUUCAAAUGGUGGUUCCUUCAGUGGUUCAAAGAGCAGUCACUCAUCUGGUUCAUUUGGUGGUUCGAGAAGUGGUUCAUUCUCCGGUUCGCAUAAUGGAGGGUCUGGUUCAAGUUACCUUCCUCCUGUGGGUUAUUAGGGAACGAUUCACCUCUCCCUCUCUCUCUCUCUCUCUCCUCUCUCCCCUCCUCCCUCUCUCCUUCCCUCCCUCCCUUCUAAGUUUCCCACACUCCUUCAUUGAAAUAAAAGUGGGAAGGAAGAAAGUGUGUCAAGGAAGAACAGGUGAUAAAAGAAUGUAAAGAAGGAAAAGGAAAAGCAGGAAAAAAAGAAGAAAUUGGAUCAUAUGUCCUUCCUCUUCCUUCCUUCCUUCCUUUCUCUUUCUUCUCCCUCAGCCAUGUCCUUCAGAAAUAUGAAUAGUAGAUAGAGAGAUAAAAAGAAAAUAAGGAAGAGGGAUGGAGAGAAACAUAAAGUGGAAGAGGAAACUAGAGAGGAACGAAUGAAGAAUAAGAUAAAAAAAAAGACAAGGCAAUAAAAGAGAUGAAUGUAUAGAUGGAGAAAAGAUGAACGAUAAAAGCUCAAAAGUAGAACGAAUGAUGAA